AUGCCUCACCUGCCCCUGCCACCUGUAGCUAUACCUCACCUGCCCCUGCCACCUGUAGCUAUACCUCACCUGCCCCUGCCACCUGUAGCUAUGCCUCACCUGCCCCUGCCACCUGUAGCUAUGCCUCACCUGCCCCUGCCACCUGUAGCUAUACCUCACCUGCCCCUGCCACCUGUAGCUAUACCUCACCUGCCCCUGCCACCUGUAGCUAUACCUCACCUGCCCCUGCCACCUGUAGCUAUACCUCACCUGCCCCUGCCACCUGUAGCUAUGCCUCACCUGCCCCUGCCACCUGUAGCUAUACCUCACCUGCCCCUGCCACCUGUAGCUAUGCCUCACCUGCCCCUGCCACCUGUAGCUAUACCUCACCUGCACCUGCCACCUGUAGCUAUGCCUCACCUGCCCCUGCCACCUGUAGCUAUGCCUCACCUGCCCCUGCCACCUGUAGCUAUGCCUCACCUGCCCCUGCCACCUGUAGCUAUGCCUCACCUGCCCCUGCCACCUGUAGCUAUGCCUCACCUUUGUCUCCCUCUGUAG